CACUCUGCGUAGUGCAGGGGUGGGGUUGGCCGGAAUCAACCCUCCCCUUCUUCCUUCUCCCUUGAAAAUGCAAAGCUAGUGGCGGCAAAUCAGAUUUUUGUGAAUUUUGAGCCUGUGCAAUCUAGUCCUUCCUUUGGUUUAGCGUGAAAUGCUGUUAGGCACUCAACUUUGAGAAUCCUUCCCUCUCUCUAAGGGAACUAGAACCGGAACUCUUGGCGGGCGACCGGUCCGUUUCCCAGCCUGGCAGGCUUUUGGCUGGUUUGUGCUGUCAGUCUCUUUCUGCCCUUGGUCUCUGUAGUAAGGUGGGCAAGCUGGGUGCUUCUGAGAAAAAAACAGAGGAGCGCUGGGGGGAAAGGGAGGAUAAAAGCAGUCCUGGGAUUCUUUAAACUUCUAUGGUUUUUCCUGUCUUUCCUGAGGAUGAGGGAGUGGCCCCUGGAAGAGGCUGCCCAGUGAGGCAAUUUAGCCUGGUUAAAUAAAAGCUGUAUAAAUGCUUAUUACAUCAGGGUCUCUCAACCUCGCCACAAUUGACAUUUUGGACUAAAUAAUUUUUUGUUUGGAAAGACUUCCCAGUGCAUCGUGGGGUGUUUAGCAGCACCCCUGGUCUCCACCCAUUAGAUACCAACAGCACCCUUCUACAGUUGUGACAAUAAAAAAAGUCUCGACAUUGAGAGAUAUCCCUAGGGAGCAAAAAAACCACCUGCUUCUGGUUACAAGCCACUGGAUUAGAAGAAUACACGUGUAUGUGCACCUGUAUAAAAAGGUAACUUUUUUUUUGGCAGUGUCUUAUAAUUUGCCUCUUCACAUGUGUUCUCUUAUUUGAGUUUUUUUUUUUUUUUUUUUGAGUUUUAUGACACUUCACUAAAAAGGAAUUGAGAUGUAUCAACAGAACGAUUAAUUUGAUUUCAAGGGGCACAUAGCUUAUGAGUGUCAGAGCCAGAAAUCAAACUCUUUGUCUCCUGAUCCUGCCCAAGGCUCUAGAGUAGAAGGAAAGACUACCUGGGGCACCCAUCUGUCCCUUCAAUUACAAACUCCCUUUCUCUUUAUUUACAUCCCUCUCCUGAUAUCCCUCUCUUGCAAGAAGGCUACCCAAGUUACAUAUUUUUAUAAGGCCUGUUUUCCAGAAAUGCCUGUCAGCCACUGUCCCUCCUUUUGUCAUCUGUGUCAAAACCACUAUUGCAAGAAAAGGGACAGAAGAAGCCCAACAGUGUAUUCAGAGGAAAGGUCCAUAGGAGGCCUUUUCUGGAAACUUUGUGGUGGGUAUUUUUUGCUUCUUUUUUUGGGUAGGCUAUAGUGUCUCAGAAGGACCAUGUCCCAGGGAGGGCAGGAACUUAUACUGCUGACUCCCUGAUAAUUAAAGAAUAAGACCCAGGGGACUUCCCUGGAGGUCCAGUGGUUAGGACUCAAAGCUUCCAUCGCUGGUGGCAUGGACUCCACCCCUGAUUGGGGAACUGAGAUCUCACAAGCCACACAGAGCAGCAGGCCUUAUGAAAAUACGUAAUUGUGCGUCUCAGGACACUAACCUCCAAAAGGGUCAACAGAGAGCUCUGCUGGAAACUACAAAAACAGGUUAAUUUCCUUAAAACAUCCUUGCUCCAGCCCCUUUUUGUCAAAAUAUAAGUUGUGGAAUUGGGUGGUAAAUUUUAGAUGACUGGUUGCUGCAUCAGUAUUCCACAGUCCACAUCUCUGGCCUUAGAGGAACUCCCCCACAGGUUCAUGUUUUAGCAGAACAAGCAAGAUCUGUGUUAGGAAUUAGGUGGAAGCAUGUGUCCCAGAAACCCAGCUGAUGUGAGGGUACAACUGCUGCUGCUUAUCCUGAAAGUUAAAUGGGGGUGAGGGCAUAAUCUCUCCCAGAUGGCCUCUGAAGGGUUCUGCGUAAACCAGCAGCUUCUGUGGUAACCACGCUCAAGCUUGGACAGCCCAGCAGCUCAGUGAUGACAACUGGUCCUUGCCUAGAGGAGCUGGGGCAGUUCACCUCUGGGUACCAUGCCAGCUUCUAUGCCUGCAGGACUUUGUCUGGGCUCUUCCUCCCCUUUCUCCAUGGGCACUCCGCCCAGAGGUUGAAGGGCAAAUCUCAGGAGCAAAGACUCAGGAAGGCUGUAGGAAAAGAAAGAGCUUGCAGUCAGCUUGGUGGGGCUGCCUAUUUGGUUACCUGCCUCUGCCAUUUUCCUGGGGACCCAUCCGUAUGACUCAGAACCCAAGACAGUUCUUACUCCAGGCAGUGGUCUUCAUCAGUAGACAAAAAGCAUUUUUAAAAGCUGCAUUCCUCAUAUUUUAAAGUUGAUAUCUAAAACUUUCCAUCUUACAUUUAAGGUGGUACAAAAGAUAUGGUUUCUGGUCAUAAAUACUGACAUUUAAAACUCAUAUCAGGCUUUUAAAUGUAUCAAGUGGAGUUGGAUUUUAGAGCAAUUUAAUACUAUAAUCAUCCACUCAAAAGUACCCAAACAAGUUCUUUAACAGUUGGAAGUUUUAAAAUUUCAUUUUUUCCUAAUACUUAUAUUUUCAUUCUACAUAAAAAUUACAUCCUGCUAUGUUUUAUGCUUUAUUGAUCAUUCUUAUCUACAACAAAAUAUAUGUAACCUGACAUUAGUUUUAAAAUUUUCUGUGAUUGUAGGGCUAUAAAGUGUUAAAUUUCUUCUGGGUUUACUUAUUAUUACAGUAUUAUUAGUUCACAGCUGAUCAAAACAUCAUUUUGAAUUACUUUUAUGUUAUUUAAAGUAUUAUUUUAGGGGAAGUCCCUUUCAGUCCAGUGGUUAGGACUCUCUGCUCUCACUGCUUAUGCCCUGGUCAGGGAACUAAAAUCCCACAGGCUGCAUGGCAUGGCCAAAGUAAAAGUAUUAUUUUGAAUGUUAAUAAUUAUUGAAUAUAAAAUUUUUAUUGGACCAUUGGUGGGGUUGAAUUUUUCCAAAUAAUUAUGUCAUCUGUGGAUGAAUAUUAAUUAUUGCUUGAAUGAGACUAGUUUCAGCAUUAAUCUUUUUCAUUGUUAUGGACAAGCUCUGAGAAACCUAAUUUGCAUAAAUUAGAAGGGAAAGAAAUUUCUUUAUAGGAAUGUCAGCCAAUUAUUUGAAUACCUCUGAGUUAUAUGAUAAAAACCAUAUAAGGAUUUAUCAUCCGAGAUUAUUUUCAGUGAUCUAUUAGCUGGUAACUUAAUUAAGUCUUCCUUCAAUUUUGUUGAAAGCAAAGAUUUGGAAACCAUUCAAGCUGUAAGGGAUUAGUUACCCAGCCCUAUGUGUCAUUCUCAGCUUCUGGGAUUAUUGCCAACAAAGCUUUGCAAAGAUUUAUCAAAUGACUAUUAUUUCUGCUUCUGUUUCUUAGAGGCCCCUUGUUUAUAUAUAUUCAGGAGGAUGUGGAAAGUAAAAGUGUUAAUUCCAAUACACUUUUUUGCUAAGACAAUUCUUUGGACCAAAUCCUUCUAAGUAUGUAUUUGGGGGGGAGGGAUGAACUGGUAGAUUGGGGUUGACAUAUACACAGUACUAUAUAUAAAAUAGAAAACUAAUAAGAAUCUACUGUAUAGCACAGGGAACUCUACUCAAUACUCUAAUGAUCUAGGAGUAGAAUCUAAGAAAGAGUGGCUAUAUGUAUAUGUGUAACUGAUUUACUUUGCUGUAGAGCAGAAACUAAUGGAACAUUGUAAAUCAACUGUACUCCAAUAUAGAUUUAAAAAAUAAAUAUAUUUUAAUUGACAUCUUGGCAUUGUAAACUUAACCCAUUUAUCAACAACAUCUGUGACAUUCUUAUUGGCAAAACCAGCCACCAUUGUUAAACUAAUCAGCCAACUCAUAUUUCUAUCAGGAAAGGUUUCUCAUUUUUCAAGUAAUCAUGUUAUUUCAUGUCUUUAUGAUAACUGUCUUGCUUCUGAAUUUUAAGAAACGUGGAUAAGAUGAGGAGUCUUUCUCUCCUGGAUGAAUUAUGAUACAAAGAUUUUCACUAUUUCUCAAUGAUGCCCUUUUUGAUUUAUUCUCAUGGGACUCUUCUUCACAUAUGAUGUAUUUUUUACAAUACAGGAUGGAAGAGCUCAUUAAGUUUAAAAAUAAUUGAGAAUUUUCCUUUCCUUUGGCACCUUGCAGUUCUCACACUCCAAGCCAAGUAUUACAGUAGGACUGGGGCUGAAUGAGAGUAGGCCUUUCUUUUGCAUCCUGGGACAACUGGCAUUACUGCUCAAUCACAACAGUUUUUCUAGGGAAUCUGUUAUUUGUGACCACAAUGAAAAGUUAUGAGAAUGAUCUGAUAACUGACAAGCUUCCCAAGCUCAAGAGCUCAAGAGAAUGGUUGGAGCCACAGCCACUUUCUUUUAUGGAGGUAUUAGCUAAGGAAGAUGUUGAUGCAGCUAUUCAAUCAAUAUUAUAUAGAGAAAAUUAUAUAAUUAAGGAAUUAGAUAAGUGUUUAAAACAUCAUGACUUCUUAAAUGCAAGAAGAAAAGAGAUAUUGUAUAAAAGAUGGGUUGACCAUGUGGCAGAUCCUCUCCAGAAGAAAAUUAUAGAAAAAGUUACUUCAUAUAAGAAGAUUAAAAAAAGAAGACAAGAAGAAUUAGAUGGUUUUUUAAAAUAUGUAAAUAAAAAGGGAAAUGCAUUUAUAGAGCAUUAUGAUCCAAAAGAGUAUGAUCCUUUUUACAUGAACAAAGAGGACCCGAAUUUUCUGAAGGUUACCAUCCCACCGUUUCGUGACCCUUUGAAAAAAGCACAAUAUGACAAAGAUGAUGGGAAAAGAAUUCUUCUUCAGUGUGAGACUGGCAAAAUAUAUACAAUGAAAGAAUUUAAAGAGGUUGAGAAGGCCAAACUGCAUUCCAGAUUCCCAGGAAUUUCUAGUUCAAGGCAUUUAAUGACUCCAAAUGAGUGGAUUAGACUGCCUCCAAACUACAUAGAAAGUGAAUUUUGUAAAAGGAGCAGGUUUUAGCAACCAAGGAGUACACACCCUGGUCCUUGACUGGUCAAACAGGACACAAAAGAAGGCUGCUUCAAAGGAAGCCAUCUGCUGCAGGAAGCGCUCAGAUUGAGGACGGAGGAAGGCAUUCAAGAAAUGUUCUCUAAGAAAAGCAUCUGCAAUGAAGUUUGUCUUUGAGUCUAAUUGUCUGUAUGAUAAUUAAGAAAUGACCAUACUAUAUAUUGACAGUUAUUGCAAAUGUAUUUCCCACAGGAGUUAAAUGUUGCCUCAGAGAUAAAUAAAAAUACUGUUGCCUUA